AUGUCGCGCCUCACAGAGCUCCCGCCAGAGCUUUUGGAGAAAGUAUUCGUUGGAUUGAUGGACUUAGUCGGUUGGCCCGAGGUGCAUCUUGCACGCGCCGUCUGCCGUACCGUCGCUUCUGUCGUCAACCAGCAAUUGUUGACUAUGACGCCAUACGAAGUCUUCGAGUCAACACGGCUCUUCAAGUUCCUCAACGCGAACCUAGAACCACUUCUGGUCAGCCACGCGAAGAAAGCGAUAGGGUUUGGUCCGACUACUGGUUUCGUCAACCACAUUGCUGAUGAGCUGCUCACCAUUGUACCUGCAAAGAACAUGAUGGAUGAGAUACGACACCAGUAUAUACAAGAUCUGUGUCGCGCGCUUGUUCGUACGAAAGUGAAGUUCACAGAUUCGUGUCAUCCAAUCACCACGGAAGCGUACUUGCCACGCUGGUACAUGUCCAUCAGUGACCGCCGUUUCUACCCUGGAAGCGAGAAGGCGAAGCUGGACACCUUGCUCGCAGCUGCAGCUGCUGUAGGAAGCUAA